UCGGGUUCAAUCUGUACCCUUGGAGUUGAAAGAGUUGCACAAGCUGGAACGCCUAAUUUUCUUAACUGAGCAAUCUCAAACUGAAUUUUUCAGCCCUCAAGGUGGUCAAGUGCCCCUUCCGUGGCACGAGGGUGCCAGGGCUACAGUCGUCUUCGACUGUGCCAUGCUCACCUGGCAGUGGCUCGCCAGUGUCUGUCGCCUCGCGACUUUCACACGGGACAUGUGCUCGUUCAUAUUACUUGUUUUCUGCGAGCGCCACGGUGCCGGCAUGAUGUGCCACAUUGCAGAUGAAUUGAGUUCAUGCUGUGACGUCAUUCGGCAUGUCAUUCGCUUCAGCGCCUGCGCUGUGUUCGACUGUUGGGCCAAGCUGUUGAUUAGUUCGUUUUCAGCCAGUUCAAAGUUUACAUCCAUCCAUCUUCAGGCAUGUCUCCUCACUCCUCGCAUCCAUGUUCUCCUCGCUUUUGCUUCUGGCAGUUCUGAGUUGGCGUCGAUUCAGCCAGUCGCUCAGUAUGCACCGCCUUCGUCCCUCCUCAUCCCUCCUAUGGUCGACGCCCCGACUGUAAUCAACCACCGUGGUGGGAGUAUGAGGGAGGAGCUGCAGCUGCUGCUCACGGCCGUCAUGCUCUGGCGGGUCGGCUCGACACGCCGCGUUGCCGCUCUGCUCUCCUCUUUCUCUCUCUCUCUCUCUCUCUCUCUUCUGUGUCAGAGCUCUGUGCGGGUGGGAAGCAGCAACAAUCCACCGACCUUCACACACACGCACUCACGCCUGCUAUUCUCGAUCCGCCGUUCUGCUCCCCGUUCCGCCAGAGCACCAGCGGCCGGCCAGCGCUUCCAAGCGGCCUCGCUCCCGCCCCUUCCCGCCCAUCCCCCAGCUUCACCGUGCUGCCUUCUGCUCCUCUCCGGGCUGACGGACGGUGAGGCCCCAUGCAGCGGGCUCGGGGAGAUUCAGAGCGACGUGCGGCGUGCGGCCUCGCUUUCACGUCCAGGUGCGGCAUCCGAACCAUACAUUGCGAGUCGAUCAGCCUCGAUACGCUUCGACCUGGGCAUUUAUCCUUCCGCCUCUUCUUCUUCUCUUCUUCUUCUUCUUCUUCUUCUCCUCGUCUUCCUCCUUCAGUUCCGUCAGUUCCGUCGAGGCUUGGAUUGCUCGGCUUUUGACUUGAGGUCGCAACGUGCCGGAGGGAGAAUCAUCUUUGAAUCUCCUUGUGAGGUUCAAUAUCUCAUUUCGACAAUGGUCACAUGUUUUAAAGUGGAUGACGUCAUUUCUCUUUGCCUGCAAUUUGGAGCAGAUUUGAGCCUACGGGUUGAAUCUGUCCUCACGUCGCCUCCUCCUCCUCCUCCUCCUCCUCCUCCUCCUCCUCCUCCUCCUCUCCCUCCAUUCGGCUCCGCCUCCUACGUCCACCAUCCAUCUGCCUCCUCCCUCCUCAUCUGCGAGACCGGGCGCACCACCUGCCGGCGCGAUGCCUGCCGCGGUCCUCAGAUGAGGCCUUUUCUGUUGCUUAUACUAUCUCGCGCAGGCCGUCCAGCGCAUUCGUGCGGUGCGCCUGUUUGGGCGAGGUGUCCACCGGCGCGCGCAUAGUGGCCCUUGCGCCAGUCAUGUGGGCGAAGUGUCCACCGGAGCCCCAAGAGCUGCUACCCUCCAGUUGCAGUACAUGCCAGUUUCCUGGAGAGGCGUCCACAGAAAACCCCCAAAUGGCUCCCCUAGGCAUUGCGGUGCGCCCGCCAGUGUGGGCGAGGUGUCUAAUGGCUUUCGGUUUGCACUCUGGUGCGCCAGCGUGGGCGAGGUGUCCACCGGCGCUCCAAGACUUGCUCCCCAGUCAUUGCAGUGCGACAGUUUUUUAUGGAGAGGCGUCCACAUGCCCCCAGAACGGCUCUUCCAGGCACUCUGGUGCGCCAGUGUGGGCGAGGUGUCCACCGGCGCCCCCAGGAGUGGCUCCCCCAGGCAUUGCAGUGCGCCAGUGUGGGCGAGGUGUCCACCGGUGCACCCAGGGUGGCUUCCCCUGGCAAUGC